AUGCCAGCUUCUCUUCCGCUUCUUAAUGGAAGUAUCACACUAUCUGCCGCCCUGCACAAAGAUGAUGAUUAUCUUCUCCUCCUCUCGUACCCAAAGAAACGGCUAGACUUCUAUCUCUAUCUCUAUCAGCGACGCAGCACCAUUAAAGCGAUUGUAGCGCAUCACUUAGGUCUUCCUGAAGAUGACUGCAAAGUUGGAGAAGUCGAAGAGUGGAUCCACGGCAGUUUUAAUCUCUGCGUCCCCAUCUACAUUAAUGAUUCAAUCAAGUUUUGUGUUAGACGGGUGAUCAUCCGAUUUCCCUUGCCAUAUAAGUUGGAAGAGACCCAAUAUCCAGGGAACACGGAAGAAAAACUUCGUUGUGAGGUUGCUACCUAUAUUUGGAUCCGAAAUAACUGUCCUGCUAUUCCCAUUCCCAAGCUUUUUGGAUAUGCAUUUUCUGAGGGUCAAAGUUUCAUGGCCCUGGAACAUGCAUCUCUUUUGGCACGACUUCAAUGGUAUUUUCGAAAGGCAACAUGUUGGGUGCCGGGAUCUUUGUCUCCAUCUCCCUAUGUCACUUGCAAAACUGGCAACCUCCUGACGACUGGGUAUAUGAUUGUUGAGUAUGUGGACGAGGGUGACAUGCUAUCCAAGUCUUGGGAGGCACAUCGAUCCGACCCAUACCGGCGAACCAACCUAUUUCGAGACUUAUCUCGAAUUAUACUCUUGCUUUCACGGAUUCCUCUUCCUCACAUUGCUUCUUUGACAAUUGAUGAUGAUGGGGUGCUAAGCCUUACGAAUCGCCCCUUGAGCGUUGUACUCCAGAAAUUGGAGAAUGAGUGCAUUCCUACCGGUAUCGCGAGGAAUCUCACAUACAAUGCCACAGAUGCAUACUAUCUAGAUCUUCUAGCAUGCCAUGAUAAUGUUAUCCGAUACAAAGAGAAUGCGAUCCAUGACAAAGAUGAUGGCGAGGCACAGUUGUCAGCACUCACAAUGAUGAAGGCUUUACUUCCACAUUUUGCGGACCGCAAUUUUCGCUCUGGUCCAUUUAUUCUCACCCUUACUGAUCUCCAUCAAAGUAACAUAUUUGUUGACAAGGACUGGAACAUCACAAAAUUGAUUGAUCUUGAGUGGGCAUGCUCUCUACCCAUUGAGAUGUUGCAUCCUCCUCACUGGUUAACUAGCCAGUGCAUUGAUACCCUGCAAGAUGAGCGGCUUGAUGAAUACAUCAAUGUGCAUAAGGAAUUUAUGAGUGUCUUCGAAUCUGAAGAAAGAGCUCUUGUCCAAGGAAAUACUCCAAUCACACAUACUAUGUGGAAAGGUUGGAAAAUUGGCAACUUCUGGUACUUUUCCGCAUUGAACUGGCCGAAAGGACUGUGCAAUCUUUUCUUUGAACAAAUUCAGCCGAUGUUUGCCCGAUGCAGUGACAAAGCCUGUACUGACUUUGAAGAGGUUGUUACAUCCUACUGGGCUGCCGAUGCCGCUAAGCUGAUAGAUUCGAAACUCAAGGAGAAGGAAUCAUAUGGUGAGAAGCUACGUGAGCUUUUUACAAACUCUAGAGAAUCAAGUGCUUCCGGUUUGGGAAGUGAAAAAGCGGGGACAACUGAUACAGCCACUGCGGCAGAUCCCGGGGACGGGCCUAUAGACGAGAUGAAAAUAGAUUCUCAUGCGAUAUCUGGCCCGGCCCAAGAAUGAUCAGCGAGGUGCGACUUAUCCCCGAAACGGAACUGGCUUGGGAGCACCUCUUUAGGUAUUUUAUCAGUAUUUUUUUCUUGGCUGCAGAGCCUACGGUAGCAUCUUUGCGAUAAACAGAUUGUGGGACAUCGCUGGUGUCGAUAUCUUUUAGAUCCCAAUUUGGAAGACAGAUUUGAGAGUGACGACGUGGAAGGAGGUGAUUUGAAGGUACUGAGUAAAGCAGAGGCUGACGGCGUGCACGGAGAAGCAGCUCUAGGUUCCACGUCUGCUAAUGUGUUCGCUUUCAGCCUCGAUCACGACAGAUUUAUAUAGAAUCGGGACGGCGAGCUUGUAGAAGAGCCUGGAGACUUUGCAUAGGUUUCAAGUCAUUUCUUUGUAACCUGCCCUUGUUAAUCGUCUAUCCAUACCUCCUGCGGGAGAGCUGGGGAUUAUCCUGGAGAUCUUGAUAAGGGAGUUGGAGAGGUAAUAAAAUCAAUGGCAUGUUCUUUUUCCCUUUGUCUAAAGGUAUGAAGGCCUGUCAGUUCUCAGCGAAAACAAUGGGGAACGGAUGCGGGAUGCAUGAAUUAUUGACUUCAUGCCACAUUGGUAAAUUCUACAACAUUUAGAUCUGGUCAUCAAUUACUAGCUACAUC